AACACGCAGUUUCAGAAUUCUCUUUCUCUUUCUCUGGUUCUCUGCCAUCUCUUCCGUUGGCGACGAUGGAAUCGAUUCGGGUGGAGGAGCUGACCUCUGGUGCGAGUGGACGAAUAAUUCCAGUUUUCAGAGGUCUUCGGAGAUCUGUGUUUUCUCUGCAGUCUCUGAGGCGUGCCUUCAUUUUCAUUCAAUCGAUCUUCCUCUGGUUUCUUCUUCUGUUGCCUCGAAACCGCUUGUGGUGGACAUCUUCCACGUCUUCCUCUCCUUCUUCUCCUUCCAAAGUGUCGAAGAGGAUUUCGGUUUGCAGGAGGAAAGAUGAAGAAGAUGCUAUGAAGCGGAGAGCUUUGGCUGAGAGUUUGGAGAUGAUCUCCGGAACAGAGGAGGGGAAUGUUUGCCGCUGGAGUACGUCAGUAUUCUUUGGAGUCAGAAGGAACGCUUUGUUCUGUCGCUCUUGGGUUCCCAUCUCUGGAGAAAUGAAGGGCAUUAUGAUCAUUAUUCACGGACUUAAUGAACACAGUGGAAGAUAUGCUCAUUUUGCUAAGCAACUAACCUCAUGCAACUUUGGGGUUUAUGCGAUGGAUUGGAUAGGUCAUGGUGGGAGUGAUGGAUUGCAUGGAUAUGUACCUUCACUUGAUCAUGUUGUUGCAGAUGCUGGAGCCUUCUUGGAGAAGAUUAAAUUGGAGAAUCCAGGCAUUCCAUGCUUUCUCUUUGGUCAUUCUACUGGUGGUGCUGUGGUGUUGAAGGCUGCUUGUUAUCCUCACAUCAACCGUAUGUUGGAGGGAAUUGUACUGACAUCACCAGCUUUGCGUGUUAAGCCGGCACAUCCGAUAGUUGGGGCUGUGGCACCUCUAUUUUCUCUUGUUGUUCCCAGAUUCCAAUUCAAAGGUGCCAAUAAGAGGGGAAUUCCUGUGUGUAGGGAUCCUGCUGCUAUGGUGGCCAAGUACACAGACCCGCUGGUGUACACUGGACCCAUAAGGGUCCGAACGGGUCAUGAGAUUCUCCGAAUAUCCUCUUACUUGCUACGAAACAUGAAGACGGUCAGUGUCCCAUUCCUGGUACUCCAUGGCACUGCUGACAGAGUCACCGACCCUCUUGCUUCUCAGGACCUCUACAAGGAAGCAGCCUCAGAGUUCAAAGACAUAAUACUCUAUGAAGGCUUCUUGCAUGACCUACUUUUCGAGCCUGAGCGUGAAGAAAUAGCAGAUGACAUAAUCAACUGGAUGGAGAAGCGAUUACAAUCACGGUGAAAAGGCUAAAUAUUUACCAAUUAUUCAUACAGUAUCUGUUAGUAGGAUAGAUUUACGUUGUGUGGGUGUAGAAUGAAGGUUCUACAUUGUUGCAAGUUGCAACAUAUUUAAUGAAAUGUUUCUGCUUUCCUC